AUGACUGCUGUGGCAUCGCCGCCUAGUGUGCAAUCGGGGCCUCGCUUGGGAUGGUACAGCUCUGGUAACGGAGGACAAGGAGCCCUGUCUUCGAUGGACACAGAUGAGGUAUCACGAGUUUUUAUGCCACGGAAAAGCAUUCAGAGAUCAAACUCUUCUUCGUCGUUGAACUCCAAUUCAUCCACCUCGACCGUGGCGACCAACUCGCAGAAUUCUGAUUCGGGACAGAACACCAACAUUGAAUGGUCCUCGAAGAAAAAGUCAUCGAGAAACAUCUGGCCCAGCACCAAGUCCGAACCGGUUUCGGGAAUAACAAACGCACGAUCUCAAGUGGUUCCGGCAUUUUCAGCCGGUUCUACAGCUUCUUCUACCAUGUCCACAAUCCAUCAACCGUCCUCCAUCGUUCCAUCGCAACACAUGCCCCAGACUCCCCAGCAAAAUGGCGCCCGCGCGAAUGGGCAGCCUUCUGGAGAACCACCUAUCGUACUGUCACUUUUGCCACUCAACGGCACGUUCGAUAAGAAACAGAUCCACGUACCCUUCUUCCCAGAUAUGCUGAAGAUCGGGCGGCAGACGAACGCCAAGACUGUCCCCACUGCGAUGAACGGUUUCUUCGACUCCAAAGUUCUCUCCCGGUCGCAUGCGGAAAUUUGGGCAGACAAGAAUGGUAAAAUAUGGAUUCGAGAUGUGAAAUCAUCCAAUGGUACAUUUGUCAAUGGCAAUCGGCUAUCUCAAGAAAACCGCGAGUCAGAUCCUCACGAGAUCCGCGAGAAUGAUACUUUGGAGCUCGGGAUUGACAUAGUCAGCGAGGAUCAAAAGACCGUUGUUCACCACAAGGUUUCCGCCAAAGUUGAACAUGCGGGUGUCCUAACCAGCAUCCCAAACAUCCUAGACCUCACAUUGGGAGACCUGGAUCCUGCCUCGGGUAAUGGAAUGCUUCCAUCUCCUCUCAGUCAGCCGCUUUCCCAUUUUCGGGGCCGUUCUGGAAGUGCUAUGAGCAACCGGAGCACACAAAGUUCUGCUAGCACUCAGCUUAAUGCCUUACAGCAGCAACGACAGAUGAAUUAUUGGAAUUCCCCAGUAUCCAUCGAACAAGUUGUCAAAAGACUUACGAGCGAAAUGAAACAAGCGAAACAACAAGCUCAGGACCUCCGUCAAACCGACGCUUUCUUGGGGACACUCAUGAAGCCAAGUCAACCAGAGAAAGAAAAGGUCAAGCACUCAGAAAAUCAUCACCCUCGCCAGGUGAAUGGACGGCCCAAGAUGCCACGCGUCGAUUCCUUCUCGAGGUUCUCUGACCCUCCUGCACCACCUCCUCAGCAACCACUGCCCGAAAAGCCGGAUGCUUUGCCGCGCAAUGGACCCGACGCAAUUUCACCUCUCAAACGUUCCGACACAGAAAAAGCUAAGCUUGGAGCUGGCAACUCGCCGGUGACCCGAGACUCCAGCCAAAUUCUUUCACUCAUUGAAGCUUUGACUUCGACGAGAAGGGAGCUGGACUCGCAAGGUGCUCGCGUGAAGGAGCUGGAGAGCCUUUUACUUCAUGAAAGGGCCGCUCGUGAGUCAGCGGAAGAAAGAGCCAAGAAGAUGGAAACGCAUACCACAACAGGGGUUGAUUAUUCGGAUAGCACGGCUACGAUUGAACCCUGUCAUGGGGACACUCAGAAUAUCACGAAUGGGCUACCGGUGGUGCUUGAGAAGUCUCUUGGUAAAGAGAAUAGUUCUGCGUUUGAUGAUGAAACGAAGGCAUCGGAGGAUGGUCAAGCCAAGCAAUUACAGCGCCGCUUAGAGGAAGUGAUGAGCGAGAUGGAAGAAAUGCGGAGCCAGGUCGUGACACUUAAGGACCGUGCACAUAAGGCUGAGAGUGAAACCGCAGAAACACGCAAUUCGCUGGCGGAGAUGAUUGAAACAUUGCGGCGUGAACGUGCAGAAAAUGCCGACGGGGCAACCACAAAGCCCGAGUCUCUCUUGCCAGAGCUGACAGAAUCUGCUCCCGGGAUUAAGGAGUCGCCGACAACCUCCAAGGUCAAGGAACUCGAAACCUUUAAAUCGCCAAAGACCAAAGAAAUGCAAGACGGCAGCACUUCCUUUACUUCACAGCAGCAGAAACAAGCUGCUUUGGACCAGUCUAGUCCGUAUGCGUCGAUGCUUGGUGUUGUACUAUUAGGGGUAGGCAUUAUGGCCUAUCUGAAUGGGUGGCAAAGGAUGGACAGAUGA